UAUCAGGCUGGAUGGCUUGCAGCCCUAGGAAGGAGAACACAAGAGAAAGAGAUUUAGAAUAAAGCUGCUUUCGGUGACCAUCCCAUUUGAUGGGGUUAAUUCUUGAAAUCCUGGAUGGGCGCAACCAGAGACGUGCUCUCAAAUCCCCUACAAAUUGUCGUCCUUGUUUGCUAAGAAGUCAGUGAUUCCCUCCGGGAGGUGUGAAGGAGCACAGGACACAGCUGCGUGGAGAACUCAUCUUUCUUCAGUGUCUUAGGAGUUCACAUCUUCGUCCUGUGGCAGCUCCUGUGGCUUUUGAUCACAAGGACCUUUGCUUCAUUUCCCCACAGUCAUACACCCAUCUUGGACCAUGAGUUGCCCUGAGUCUCAAAAGACAAGUGGGAAGGAUGCUAGUUCAGAUAAACAAGUUAUCUUCAGAAAAAGCACCCGUGACAAAGCUCUGACCAUCUACCUGGGAAAGCGGGACUUUGUUGACAACGCAGGGAAUGUGGAACCUGUAGAUGGUGUUGUUUUGGUGGAUCCUUCACUUAUCAAGGAGAAAAAAGUGUACGUGUCCCUGACCUGUGCGUUCCGGUAUGGCCAGGAGGACAUCGAUGUGAUUGGUCUCACCUUCCGAAGGGACCUGUUUUUCUCUAGGGUCCAAGUGUACCCACCUGCUGACAAGCCAGAGUCACUCUCCCACUUGCAGGAAUCUCUGUUAAAGAAGCUGGGGAAAAAUGCUUAUCCCUUCUUCUUUACGUUUCCAGAUUACCUGCCCUGUUCAGUCUCUCUGCAGCCUGGACCUCGUGAUGUUGAUAAGAGCUGUGGGGUGGACUUUGAAGUAAAAGCUUUCUCAACAGAGAACCUGGAAGAGAGAAUUCGUAAGAGGGACUCUGCACGUUUGCUGAUCCGCAAGGUGCAAUAUGCUCCCGAAACUUCAGGACCCCAACCUUGCGCUGAGAGCACCUGGCAGUUCUUCAUGUCCAACAAGCCAUUACACUUGAAAGCUUGCCUCAGUAAAGAGGUGUACUACCAUGGUGAGCCCAUCCCAGUGACUAUCACCAUCAACAACAGCACAGACAAAACGGUGAAGAAGGUCAAAGUCCAGGUGGAACAGGUUGCCAAUGUGGUUUUGUACUCCAGUGACUACUAUACAAAAGUGGUAGCUGCUGAGGAAGCACAGGAAAAGGUGCAGCCAAACAGCAGUCUCACCAAGACACUGACACUUUUGCCCUUGCUCGCAAAUAACCGGGAGAUCCGGGAAAUAGCUCUGGAUGGAAAGCUGAAGGAUGAAGAUACCAACUUGGCUUCUAGUACCAUCAUUAAGGAUGGAAUAGACAAGACAGUGAUGGGGAUUCUGGUUUCCUACAAGGUCAAAGUGAAGCUCACUGUUCCAGGUAUGCUGGGAGACCUCACUUCCAGUGAAGUGGGCACAGAGCUGCCAUUUCGUCUCAUGCACCCCAGACCUGAGGAGAAGAACCCAGCAGGGAAGCAGAGAUGGUAUUUGAGGAGUUUGCUCGUCAAAAGCUCAAAGAUGCACCUGAUGAUGCAGACAAGAAUAAGUCCUCAUCUGAUGAGUGACCAAAAGAACAAGCUGCCAGAAAAGAUAUGUCACCUGGCAUCAGUUAGAAAUUUAGGACCUAGGUGUCUAGUAAACUGCAUGUUCUCAGUGCAUGCAUGGUCUUCCAGGGAUCAGCCCUGAGACCGGCAGACAUAAAAUCAUUAAUCCCUGUUGCUUAUUCAAAGUUUCAGCUCUAGAAGAAUGUAUCAAACUCAAAACCUGAUGAUCACUCGAGCUAUCAGAGGACAGGAAGGCUGCUGUGCCAUGACUUCUGCUUUCAGGGCUACCUAAUAAAGGUUGGGUUCUUUCACCACUGAUGAGAGCUUAAAUGAUGGUCGGUGCAGCCUGCCUCGGUGUCGAAGAGUCUCUGACUUUAAAACACUAGUGAACCAAAUCCUAGUCUGGAAGGCUGGCUUGUGGCCCUUGGUGAUUCAGACUGUACAAAACUGAUAUUAUUUCCUAUGAGUUGCUUUUGUGUUUUGGUGAAGCAUAAACUCCUCUAGUGAAUAUUCUGAUGGCUUGAACUGUCCCCUUCUGUGGCUUACAUCCCCUUUCUGUCCCAUUAAACAUCUUGCAGCUAAUGCCAAGAUGCAGCUAUAAUGCCAGGAUGCAAUGUUAGCUUUCUAGCAAUAUUAUUAAAGAUGAGAGAAAUGCACACUGCCCAUAAAUCCCUUAACAAAGUUCCCUAUACAACCCCAGAGAACUGCUGAUCCUGUAUUUAAUCCAGUUUCCUGUAUGCGACUGUGCUUCAGAAGAGGGUGCAGCAAAAUGAAGGAGGAAAUUAUGGGGCAGCCUGCCCUGAAGAGCCUUUUCCAACAUCCAUCUGCCAGAGGCUCUAAAAAAUGAGAUUGUGCUCUGCAAACUUUGUUCUGUCUUGUUGAUCUGGUUAUCCUCAUUAUUCAUGUAAUUGUCUAAUCCUUUCCUGAAUCUCACUCAGAUUUUGGCUGAAGUGAUGUGUGUCAGCUAAUUACAUUUUUCAUGCUAAAUGA